GAUUUAGUUACUGUGUGAGAGGCUUUUAAGCGUUUUUGGCCUUUGCCAAGAACGCUUCAAAUUGUCACAAUUUGGUGCUGCUGUCAGAAAAUUUUCUCUGCCAAAUACUACCCUUGCCUUAUGGACUCAGGUUCACCAUACCAAUGGAUAAGGGAGCUGAGAUUUGAAGACAGCAACACCUUAAAUCCAUUUGAUCUUCUUUACGAAUGUGCCAAAUUUGUUGCAUCAGGAAGCAUAAAAAAUGCAGACAUAGCACUUGAAUACAUCUCUCACCAGUUGUCUCCGGACGGCGCAGCAGCGCAGCGCACGGUGACUUAUUUCAGCGAAGCUCUGGCUUCCAAGAUAGUCAAGAAUCUUCCAGGAGUAGACAAAGCUCUAAACUCCUCAAAGAGAUUAACUGCUCCUGAAGAAAUCCUUGUCCAGAACUACUUCUAUGAGUUGUUUCCUUUUCUGAAAUGUGCUUACUUGACUGCAAAUCAAGUCAUAGUUAAAGCGAUGGAAGGCGAAAAAAUUGUCCAUAUAAUUGAUCUGCAUUGUGCAGAGCCGGUUCAAUGGAUUAACCUCUUGAUGACAUUGAAUGAGCGUCCUGAAGGACCUCCUCAUUUGAGGAUCACAAGCAUUCAUGAUAAGAAAGAGGUUUUAGAUCAGAUGAAUGCUAGUUUGACAAGAGAAGCAGAGAAAUUGGAUUUUCCUUUGCAGUUCAAUCCUAUAGUUAGCACUUUAGAAGACCUUGACAUUGAUAGUUUGCCGGUUCGCACAGGCGAGGCGCUUGCAAUUUGUUCUGUCUUGCAGCUGCAUCGCCUUCUAGCCACAGAUGAUGAAGUUCUAGGGAGGAAUUCCCCGGCUGCAACGAUGAAUCUGCAUAGAGCAGUGCAUAUGAACCGAAGAACUUUCGCAGAGUGGCUCGAAAGAGAUAUGAUGAAUUCAUAUAUUUCAAGUCCUAUCUCUGCUUUGUCACCUCCUCCUCUGUAUCCUUCACCUAAGAUGGAGGCAUUUUUAAGAGAUCUUCGCAAACUGCAGCCAAAAUUAAUGGUGAUAACUGAGCAAGAGACUAAUCUUAAUGGAUGCAGUCUUGUGGAGAGAGUUGAGAAAGCUUUAUACUUCUACAGUGCCUUGUUUGAUUGCUUGGAUUCGACCGUGCGAAGAACUUCCUUGGAGAGGAAGAAAGUUGAGAGUUUGCUGCUUGGAGAGCAGAUAAAGAACAUCAUUGCAUCUGAGGGGUUUGAGAGAAAGGAGAGGUAUGAGAAGCUUGAGAAUUGGAUUCGGCGGCUCGAUCUGGCCGGUUUUGUGAGGCUGCCUUUGAGAGACAAUGAUAACUUGCAUGCUAAGGAGGUUUUGCACAACUAUGGACACAAAUAUAUGAUUAGAGAAGGCCAUGGUUGCUUACUUGUUUGUUGGGGUGAUAGACCCCUUUUCUCCAUUUCAGCAUGGAGUUUUAGAGGAUUAAAUCUUUCUUUAUAAGAUGGAAUCAACACCAUAUCUCCUUAUAUAUGUAUAUCAUUGUUCAUUUGUUAUUU